UCUCUCACUUAGCUGACGCUAAUGUCAAACGCGGACAAGAACAGACAGGCAGUGCUGUGAGAGGAACAGGAGGAAAAGGAUCAUUGCUGAAGCAGCAUUCUUCUGACCACACAUAUGUAUGGGGAACAAUAGCAGCUCCACAGUGGAUGAUCUGCAGGCUGUCGAGAUCCACCACUGGUACAAAAAAUUCAUGACCGAGUGUCCUUCUGGACAGCUGACAGAGUAUGAAUUCAAACAGUUCUUUGGGCUUCGAGGGCUGGAUCCAGAGGCCAAUGAGUACAUUGAACAGAUGUUCCGCACAUUUGAUAUGAACAAGGAUGGAUAUAUUGACUUCAUGGAAUAUGUGGCUGCCCUCAGCCUUGUUCUCCGUGGGAAGAUGGAGCAGAAAUUGCGGUGGUAUUUCAAGCUCUACGAUGUAGAUGGCAAUGGCUGCAUUGAUCGACAUGAGUUGCUUAACAUCAUUAAGGCUAUUAGAGCUAUUAAUGGUGGUGACCAUGAAACCAGUGCAGAGGAGUUCACCAACCGAGUCUUCAACAAAAUUGAUGUUAAUGGAGAUGGUGAACUUUCUCUGGAUGAAUUUGUGGAGGGAGCAAGGAAAGAUGAGGAAUUCAUGGAAGUUAUGAUGAAAAGUUUGGACCUGUCACACAUUGUUGCCAUGAUCAACAACCGUCGGCAUAGUGUAUAAAUCAAGUGGGGAGAAAACGCCGUGCCAAUAGACAGAAGGGUGUACACACACCAGAAAGAAGAAAUAGAAUUUUUAAAAACAAACAACAUUUCCAUAAACAUGCAUAUGGAAGUAGGAACAGAAAGACACUGCUAUAUUUGUGUAUCUGAGUGCGUGUUCCUGUACAAAUUUUGAAGCUCAGCCACAUAUAUGCAGGGCAGGUUCAGAAAAACUGGAUCUGGGUGGCAGCAUUUGGCUUGACUUCCUAAAAUUUAAAGGCCAAGUUUCAGGGCACAAUUUUCCUCCUUAUUCUAUGUCCCAGAUUGUCACUUUGCAAUGGACUAAACGCUAUGGUUGUGAAGAGCACUGGCAGAACUGGAUGACAGUGUGGAAAAUUUCUGAUAGGUACAAAAGAAGAGCUUCAAACUGUUAUCAAUGUAGAGAACUAUCAAAAUAAUGUAACUUCUGCUGUUCUUUGUCAUGGCAUUAGAUCAUAAACACUAGCAUGUUUGUCCAUACCAGAUGUGCUUGGAUUUAGUAGUCUCUACGGAAGUAGCUCAAUUCAUAAGAACAAUCAGGCUUAAGGCUGACAGUGACAAAUCUGCUCCCAGCUGCACUGUCAGUAAUGCUGCUGUUUGCAGCUUUCUGUGAUCAGAGAACUCUUUACCAAACAAGUCAACAGUUUAGGAGCAGCUUCUGUAACCAGAGAAAAUAUGCUACUCAGUUUUCCAAAGCAGAAGAAUUACCUGAGAGAUUAAAUCUUUUUUUACAUUCAUUGUCAUACUACUCUCCUUUCAUACAACUGAAUAAAUGGAGUAUGUGAAGAUGAUCCUAAUAUUGUUGCUUCACACAUCCUUUAUUGGUCUUUCAUUUUAUUCUUGGGGAUUAAAAUUAAGAAGCAAAAGAAACAACUCAGCUAGGUGGCUUGUGAUUUCUGCUUUUCAUGUGAAUACUGGAGUGAAGUUGAUACUCUAGAUCAAUGCUGCCACAAAUGUCUGUUUGUACACGACGUGAAGAGUGAUGUAUCUUGUUCACUAACGUUAGGUAAGAAGCUACUUUGAAUCUGGAGAGAGAACCAGAAGCUAAGAAGAAUGCAGGAAAAGUUCAGCAGAAUGCCUGUGCCAUAGUUGGGCAUAUUUUUCCUGUUCAGGAGGGAGAACUUGCAGACUUGUAACAAGAAGACUUUAGGGUAGACUUAAUCUUGCUUAUAUUUAAGCUUCUGUGAUGUACGUAUGUAUACUGAACAAAGUGUCUAGGCUUUCAUCUAAGUCAAAGGAGAAUCAGUAUUGUCACUGACGGAGCUUGAGAGAGUGAGUAAUCAUGUUUAGAGGAAGUGCCAACAUUUAGCCAGGUGGGCUUAUACUCCAGGUCCCACUGGCAUGUACACGCCUGCAAUCUUAGAGCUUUUGAGAAGGAUCACAACCUGGGUAUUGGCAAACAUUGCUGAGUUCUCCAGAAGAUUAUUAUGAGUGUAUGCUGUUGGACUCUGCUGUCCCUUUGGACUGAGGAAGGCGGAGAGUUUUUUUUAAGACCUCGUUGAACCUGUCCUGUACCUUUUACAAGUCCUCAGUCGCCUGCAGUUCUGUGGGUCAGUCACAUGUAAAACUGCAUUUUUAUUAUCAUCUGACAUACAGAACCCCCCAAAUUUUUAGUUUUUAGUAAAGAAUUUUUAAAAGUGCAGCUGCUAUAUUAAAGAAAUCACCAAGAAGUUAUAGUUGCCAGCAGUGUUGCAGCAAGCUGCUAUACACACUGUACAGAAUCUUCUUGAUGUACAUAAAGGGCAUGUACACAGUACAUUCUCAAUAAUUAUCCUGAAUAUUUGUUAGCAGAGUUUAAUUUUUCUUUCUUUUUUUUUUUUUUUUUUUAAUAGAUGUUAUAGGAAAGUAGUUCUUCCUUAGCUGUCAUUGCUGAUGAUGCUGGAACAUUUCCCCAGCUAAGAUGCAAUUAUGACAUUUACAACAGACAAAAAACCUGCAUCAUGCUAUCGCUACACUAAGUGGCAGACGUGUUUUGUUCUUAAUGUUUUUGUUCCUGUUACUGAAUGAUUUCACACGUUUUUGGCUCUGUAGUCAGCGUGUUCUUUGAGAGACCAAGCCAGCAGUAUGUGUGCCUUUGUUAGAAACUAUGGGAAGGGAGACUGUGGAGGAGGAGAGGAAAUCUUUGUAAAGGGGAGAUAACUGUUUUCUGACCUACUUGGCUUUCUUUGUACAGUUAAACUUACAAAAACGUACAAUAAACAUAUUUUGGAAGUGUUCCCUUUGACAGAAGAAUCGAAGAAUUAGGAGGAGUAGGAUAGAAUCUAGAGCGAUGGUUUGGAUUCAGCACAUUAAGGUUUUCAAAUAUCUCCAAGUAUGGGAACUCCGCUACUUCUCUGGGUUGAGGUGAGCUUUUGGAGUUAGGGAAUAUGGUUAGGAUGUUAGGUGUUGAGUUAUAAUUGGGGAUUGGGUCAAGGGUUAGGGUUCAGGCUGGGGUUAGAAUUAGGGGUUUGGGUUUGGACUUUGGCUCAGGUUUGGGAUUUGGGUUAAUGUUGGUAGUUUAAGGGUUAAGAAUUAAAGUUCAGAUUAGGGUUUAGGGGUUUGGGUUGGGGGACAAGGGUUAGAUUUAGGAUUAGGAUUUAGAGUGGGUUAGAAUUUGAAGUUUGGUGUACGGUUAAGGGCUAGGAGUUGCGUUCAUUGGUCAACUUCAUGGAUUAGGGCUCCAUGUAUCUGGAGGCAGAGGGGUCUGGAAGCUGUUUGCAGGAGCUGUCCCAACACUGGCUGGGACUGCAGAGUCAUACCAUGGAGUUGGCAGUGCUGGAGCAGCUCCUGACCAUCCUGUCCCAGAAGGUGCAGUGCUGGGUGUGGUAAUGCAGCCCUGGGAUCUGCGUCAAGGCUGUGGCCCUGGCCAAGGGCCAGGUUCUGGCAUGUAGGAGCUGCAGAUGGCCAGAUAUGAUAAAGGUGGGGGAUGAGGCCUCCUGUGCUUGUCAUGCUCUGGGGACUUGUCCUGUGAUUGUGGGUAUGCAGAGUGAGACUACGUUCCAUGAACCUUUGAAAUCCUUUUGCCUGUGUCCCCUUCUUCAGGCCACCAUGUGGGCAUUGAUGGAAGGACCCAGCAUGUAGAUGUCACAUCCUCAAGGAUCACUUAAAAACUCUAACAUCUACUCCCAGGACACAGUAGAAAUGGGCUUAAAAAAAUGCCUUCAAAUAAAAUCUAGAACUUCAGCUCAGAUUUCUCCUCCCUAACUCUGAGUAUUGAACAGAUUUUCUCUUGUCCUGGUCAGGUGAGUUCCUCCACUAGCAGGGAUGGGCUGGGAGAAAGCAACUGGGAAACUUCCUGACUAGACAGGAAGCAGGGAGGAAUGCAGCUGCCAAAACAUCAGGAACCUUAAUUAGUGGUCCAAUCAUCCUCUAUCUCUCCUACAGACUUGGAGGGGGUCUGUCCCUGAUGUUCAUUACAAUAUCCUGCUCUCAGAGACCAGUGGGAAACUGCCCUGUCUCCCCACCACAAAGAAAGAUGCCCCUGAGAAGGUCAGACUUCACCACCUUCUUUCAGAGAUCCUUUGUGACACAGAGAAAAUUAACACAAUGUGUGUAAGAGACCAGCCAAGCUCGCAGCCUACCCUUUUCUCUUCUGUGGAUAGAGCCCAGGCCCUGUGUGAUCUUGGUGUUGAUGGGUAAGUAAACGAGGGUAAGUAAACGAGGGAAGAUCAGGCUGAACAAGGAUGGGAAGUGCCCUCUCUCCUUACCCUGUAUUCAGAGAAGGUGGCUGAGGCAGGAUCCUGCCCAACAGCAGGACACAGCUGGUGACUCAUAAGGCAGAUGGCCCACUAAUCCCACCGGGGAGUCAGACUACUCACAAGCAUUUUCUCCUUGAGGGAACAAGAGUAAGACAAAAGGGUUACAGAUGGCGCCAAAGGCUGCUCACUCUCUCAUUGCUGUGCUGACCCUUGAUCUUUGGCUGGGCAGUGGGACAGACAGAAGUGCAGUCCUAUAACCGCAGCAGACCAAAACCCCAGAGCACAGCACUGGGCAGAGAUCCCUGACAGGACUAAAGCAGGCAGGGAGGGGAGACAUGGCAGUUGCAGAAGCCCAGUCUCACCGUGGACUCAAGUCAGUCCCUGUGACUGCCCAGCAGCUGGGCACAAGCCUGCAGGGUCCUCCUCCUCCUAUUCUUCAGCCAAGUGGGCAUCGUUUUUUCCCAGACUUCCCUCUUCAUUUCCACCUCAAUGAUGACACCUUCCCUUAGAGGCACCGUGCAGAUCCAGGUGCCCCCACGUGUGCCUCUGUGCAGGAUGGCACACCCUGCUGUGCAAGGAUGCCCGGUGCCCACAGCAGGUCUCUCCCCCAGACAGUAGUGAUGGAGUUUGUUCAGCUGCCACCCCUCUGCUUAGGCUCCCACCACUGACAAAGGCCCCUCCACCAACAUCCCAAAUGUCUCCCCAUGCUGUGCAGAGCCUCGCUAAGGAGUAUAGGACCUGAGCAGCUGAUGGCUCUAGGCCCCCUCUUUAGAUCUGAUUUAGCUGCUCACAGAAAGUGUAGACACCCACAUUUGCUCCCCCAAACCCAUUGGGCGUUGACACUGCUGACUCCACAGCCCAGGUCUCCCCACAAACACUUCAUCAUUCAUCAAGAAGAUGUCUCUUCUGCAGGGAUGUCCUUGCUCAAGGCUUAACCCAAGCUGUGCUCUCAGAGCUCCGAGAAGCCUCUUGGGUUUCCCUCCUCCAGCACCUAUUUAUUUGCUUGCCUCAAAGGCAGCAGUGGCCUCACGCUCCCUUCCCCCAGCUCAACCCUUUCCCUCAGGCAGUUGCACAGUAAUACUAGCAAGGCUUUGCCAAACGUCCGCCAUGGGCUCUCUUGCAGGCCUAUGCUGUGGCACAGGCAGUCACAUCGACAUCCCCAUCGCUCACCACGUGCAGGAUGAACAUUCAAACUGCCACUGCUGACAGCUUCAGCUGUAGGGAAGGCCUAGCUGAUCUAUCAGGCUUUUAUUCUGACCUUGUUGAAAUGAAGUUGCUGCUGGUAAAGGUAUGUGGAAUGAGAGUGUUUGCUCCUUUAAGGGUGUCCAGUCAAGUACCCUUCUCAAUGCAAAACAAAAAGGGGUAAUAACAAAUGGGAAGAAGCCACAGACAAGACCAUACAAGAACACCAACCUGUCCACCAAAUGUGGUCAGUCACACUAAUUGAUGAAGGCGUGUGAGAGAGUAAGAAUGUUUAUUCCAGCAACCUUAUCUGAUCAGGAACCCUGUCAGCUGGGGAACUAAGGGUAAAUGCAGGAAGCCAGAAACAAAAUAUUACAGUUACACAGACCUGACAAAACAAACAUGGAGACAAUAACAAGAAACAAACCUCGUCUGUCACGGUAACUGACGACCUACCAAGAAAUUACAAGCACCCCCUUCGGGAGCGGACUUUGGAAACUAGGAGAGAUCCCACCCGCCGCACUGGCCGCGUGCGCAAGCACUUCCGGUCAGCCAUGCUGGUCCGCGUGGCAUGCCGGGAGCUGUAGUCUUUCGGCAUGGGGCGGGCAGGCCGCCGCGUGGGUGGUGCCGGGAGCUGCAGCGCUGCUGCCACCAGCUGACCGGGGCGGGGGUGCUGCCGCUCGGCACGCGCAGUUCCGUCAGCGGGCUCCGGCCCCUCCCUCCCGCCGCCGGCUCGGGCGCGUGCGCGGUGCCCGGGAGCGGCGAGGGUUUUUCACCUCGGGUGUCUUCGGCGGCGCGGGGCUUUGGUUCGCUUCGGUUGUCUCCGAUUUGCGCGUUUGCGAAAAGGGAAAAGUCUAAUACUUACUUGUUUUUUAGUGUAGUUCUCGUGGCUGAAAUUGGAGAGACCAGAAAAAGGUAUGAUACAAGAAAAUAAACACUUAGCAAAAUACUGUAAGCUUAGCGGAUAGUUUAGCAGGAUAACAGGAAAUUUGUUUGCAAGGGGCCUUCACAGAUAACAGAGUACCCAUACGUUAAUUACGGGAACCUUAUUGUCUGUGAGGAGUAGCCAUCUGGGUGGGACUGGCGGUUACUAACUCAGCUAAUUCAGCAUUCUUCUCUAGACAAAGGUGAAAAGUACACGGUGAAGAAGACUACGAGCCUUCCUCCAGAAGACCCCUGUCCACCAUCACCGGACAGCAGUAUGCAUGCGGCAGAAGGAGGAGACUUAUAAUAAUGAGUUCUGUGAAAUAAUUGCAAUAGUUACGCCUAUUCCCAGAACUGAUUGUAAUAACCCAGCCUAUAGUAAUGAGUAGGCAUGCUGUUCUAUCAUAAAAGAGCGCUUGCUUUGUGAUACGAUGUGCAAGCUAGGAGGAGCAAUCCCCCUUGCACCCAGCGCUGUAAUAAACAUACCUGCUUUAUAACUCUC